UCGAGCCGAGUCGAGUCCGAGUAGCGAGUGGCGCGUUUCCUAUUGAUUUUCUCUGUUACUGAUAAGCAAAAGUUCAAGACAAUCUAGCAAAAGAUGAAGCCACUGAUAGGGUUUUUGCUCGUGGUAAUGCUGAUGUGCCAGGCACAGUCUCAGUCGCAGGAUGUCGAUGUGAACGUCGAGCAGGAAGCUGGCGAAACGGAUGAAGAGCACAACAUUGAGGCGAGUGAGAAUCGCAUGGCCGCGCAGGUGGAGGCUGUGCUGGAGCACUUCAAGCAAACGGAUCCGCUGGGUAUGCCUGGUGUCCCCAUACCCGAUCCCAUAGAUGUGCCCGAUGUGAAGAAGAACAUGGGCUUUGGCAACCUAGACAUGAAGGAGGUCAAGGCCUACGGACUGUCCAAGUUUCGCAUAGACACCAUCGAUGCGGAUCUCAAGUCGAUGAAGCUCAAGGGUGGCGUGCAGUUGGAUGAGAUGCUGGUCAAGGGCAAGUACAAUCUGGCCAGCUGGAUCUCACGCGCCCAGGGACCCUUUACGGUCAUCCUCAAGAAUGUUUAUGCCGAGGCAACGGCUUUCUUGGCCGUGGAACGUGACGGACACCUGACCACAGAUCGCAUCAAGAUUGACAUUACCUUCAGGGACAUGGCCAUGGACUUCCAGAACCUCGGCUUUAUGGGCUCGCUGUUUCAGGGCAUGGUCAACUCUGCACCGAAUCUUGUGUUUGAUGCCAUGAAGCCAUUCAUGCUGCAGGAGGCCGAUAAGCAGCUGCGCAGCGAGAUCGACACAAUGAUCAAAACGAGCAUGGGCGAUCGUCGGCUGCCGAACUCCAUCACGCCGCUAGACAGCGCCAUAGCGGAGGGUCGCAAGGUGGUGCGACAGAUGGGCUACGAUCCGUACCAUCUACCCGACAUGAAUCGCACCAUGGGCGUGUUCAGUGUGCAGCUGUCGCACACCUGGAUCCAUGGCAUCUCCAGCUUCUAUCGCGUGGGCAACAUCACAGCCGCCAUGGCCAACAAGACGGUGUCGCUGGUCGUCCAGGUGGGCACACAGCAGGUGACUGGCGCCGGCCAAUGGGAGAUGGGCCUGGGCAUGAUGACACGCGUCGGCCAUGUGCAGUUCACGGUGCAGCAUAUACGCGCCACUGUGGCAGUCAGCCAGUCGCUGGACACACGCCAGCGGCCGCAGAUUGUGGACCUGCAGUUCGACAUGGGGAACAUUCAAGUGCGCUGCGAUGGCGCCGGCACGCUGGACUAUGUCAUGGAGUUUGCUGUGAAUGUGGUGCCCAAUUUGUUGCGUUACCAAAUCAUGGAUGCCAUCGAGAAUCCCAUUAAGCAGCGCGUGCAAGAGAAAUUCAACACCAUCGAUGUGGAGCAGGCCAUCAAGCAGCUCGUCCACAAGUACGAGACGGAAGGCAGCGACUUUAAGUUCGAUUUUAAGCUCUAAGUGAAGGUGUUUUGAAUAAAGUUUUUAUAUCCCUUUCAACUGAACAAAUCAGGGAAUCACAA